GCGGGUUCGGGUCCCCGGUGCUCGGGGCCGGCCGAGCCCCCGUGCCGGCGUGCGCCCGUCGCCGCUGCGGGGUUCGGAGCAGAACAAUAGCGGCACGAGAGGUCUCCUGGAGCGGUCUGCAAAGCCCCGUCCCGGUCCCGGCCGGAGGGACGGGGACGGUGCUGCCCCAACGGCAGCGUGGCAAGAGAGAGGCUGGGACGCGUCCCCUCUGCUGCCCUCCCCGCCGUGCCGUGCCCGGCCGACCCCGCCGCCUGCCGCCCUUGCAUCAGCCCCACGCCAGCAGCCGGGCGGUGCGCUGUCUCCUCGAGGCUUCGACCAGAAGCUGCCGUGCUUUCCCCGCAAUUUCCUCCCCGACAUCUGGCGUCAGCUGCAACUUUGUGCAAUUCCCUGUCCGCCUCGUGCUGCCCCUUGCCGUCACCCUGGUCCCUCGUGCUCCACUUCCCUCGCCGUGGCCGGUGCCACGGGGUGUGACAUCGCCAAGGGACCAGGUGGCAGGCGAGUGCCUGGCUCCGCUGGGCUGUCCCCUCGCCUGCCAGAGCUGGCACUGCCCUGCUCCCCUGUUUACCCUGGCCACGGUGACUCUUCCCCCAGAUACGUCCUAUCCGGGACGGUGAGUGUCCCGGCUCUUCCCCUACUCCACACAUCCUGGCUGGUGGCAGAAGGGGAGGAGGCGCUGGGGACUGCUGGUGCCCCAACUCCGAUGCUAUCUGGAGUCUGGGCGUCACUGGUGGGGCUGAGCCGACUGCCUGGCCAGGAUGAGCUGGAGCUUCCUGACACGGCUCCUGGAGGAGAUCAACAACCACUCAACCUUCGUGGGCAAGAUCUGGCUCAGCGUCCUCAUCAUCUUCCGUAUCGUGCUGACGGCCGUGGGGGGCGAGUCCAUCUACUAUGAUGAGCAGAGCAAGUUUGUUUGCAACACGCAGCAGCCGGGCUGCGAGAACGUCUGCUACAACGACUUUGCCCCGCUCUCCCACGUCCGCUUCUGGAUCUUCCACAUCAUCAUGGUGGCCACCCCGUCCGUGCUCUACCUGGCCUUUGCCAUGCACCGCAUCGCCCGCAUGCCCGAGUCCUCACGGCGCCGGGCACCGGCAGCUCAGCGUGGCCGCAUGCCGGUGGUGCGGCGUGGAGCCGGGCGCGACUACGAGGAGGCAGAGGACGAUAACGAAGAAGACCCCAUGAUCUUCGAGGAGAUCGAGGUGGAGAAGGAGAAGGGCGCUGAGGGCGGCGAGAAGCACGACGGCCGGCGCCGCAUCAAGCAGGACGGGCUGAUGCGCGCCUAUGUGCUCCAGCUGCUGUGCCGCAUGCUGCUGGAGUCGGCCUUCCUCUUCGGGCAGUACCUGCUGUUCCACUUCAAGGUCAGGCCCUCCUACGUGUGCAGCCGCAGCCCCUGCCCGCACACGGUCGACUGCUUCGUCUCACGCCCCACCGAGAAGACCAUCUUCCUGCUCAUCAUGUACGCCGUCAGCGGGCUCUGCCUCUUCCUCAACAUCUGCGAGCUCCUGCACCUGGGCGUGGGGCGCAUCCGCGAUGCACUGAGCCAGCCCAGCAGCCCACCCGCCAGCAGCCCCGCGCCGCACUACGCCAAGAAGCCCCCCAGCGCGCCACCCACCUACCACUCGCUGAAGAAGGAGCCGCUGAAAGCCCCGCUGCCCGACGGCAAGCUGGACUACCGGGAGAACCUGGCCAACUCGGCGGCCGAGCGCUUCGCCCUGGCUGGCGCUCCCCGUGAGCACGAGCUGGAGCGGCUGCGCGAGCACCUGCGCUUGGCCCAGGAGCACCUGGAAAUGGCCUUCCACCUACAGCCGCCCCCCCGGCCCCCCAGCCCCUCGCGCAGCAGCAGCCCUGAGGCCAACGGCAUGGCUGCCAAGCAGAACCGCCUCAACCUGGCGCACGAGAAGGGCGGCGGCUGCGAGCGCAGCACGGGGCUGUGAGCAUCAAGGACGGACGGUGCGGGACAGUGAAGUGUCACCAGCGUGGGAUGGUGACGUGUAUCUGUCCGGUGGGGCUGCCCGGGGCGUCUCCAUCCCGGUGGGCAGCGAUGGGGACAGGGGCUUGGGGAAUCUUCCUUCACUGUUCUUAACUUUUUUUUUUAAAGGGAAUAUCUUAUUUUUGUACAUUUUUAUAAACUCGGCAGCGUGCACCCUGGCAUUUUUAUACACCCCUCCUGAAUCCCGCUCUGGGCCCACACCUCCCCUCCCUGUCUCCUGUUGUAUCCCCAUGUCCCUACCCACACCCCGUGCCUGCAGCACCUCCUGCUCGUGCCUGCCCUGUGCUCUCUGUGCACGUGCGGGUCACGACAGCAGUAAGGAUGCUCACACCGCACCCAGGUCCGGCUGGUCGGGCCACACCACAGGCUGGCACUGAGCCUGAAGCAGAGGUGACAGCAGGGACCUGGGAGAGACAUGUCCCGGUGGCACCGCUGCUUGGGGGUGCCCAUGCGGUAAGCACAUGCGGGUUGCACAGGGCCCCUCUCAGCUCCCCCUUGCCUUCCCCCUCUCUUGGCUGCUUCAUUUAGGGAGCACAGGGGUUUGUGUUUGUCCUUCCCGUCUCCUCCACUUCCCUGCCAGCAGCUCUGCUCGAGCUUUGGACCAAAGCUGUUCUGCUCCGGGCUGGUGUGGGGCUGGGAGCUCAGCGUGGGUCUGUGCAGUGCGCAGCGCGGGUCGGCAGGGAGAUACUUGGGCAUUCUGAUCAUCUCAUGGGUCACGUGGUGAAUUUUGUAGUGUUGUUUUGUACUCGGAUAAUUGUGACUUUUUUUUUCCUUUUUUUUUUUUU